UGAAACAUGAAGUGAAAAACGCAUGCUUCUUAAAGCGUGUGUGCAGCAUGUGACCACUUCUGCGCGUUGGCGUCCGACGGAGGCCAACGCUGUGGUUGGAGAGAAAAAAGGAAAAUCUGGUAACUUCGGGGAAACGAGCGCAGCGCUAGAAGAGGAAGUGUCUAGAAACGAGCAGCUACAUGCGUGCUGCAUGUUCCUCAUUGAAGAGGAAUAGGAACGCAGGUGCACGUCGCGGCAGCGCGAGCCCCCGCCGACGGGCCCACGGCGUAGAAGAUGAGCGACUCGCUGGAGAAGACCACGGACUACCCUCUGCCGCUGCCCGCCGAUGGGCCCGGUCCCGACGAGGAGGAGAGGGGCCCCGCGGCGGCGGCCGGCGAGCUCCACUGGGAGGACGGGGGGCUGCCGGCCGAUUUACAGCGAGGGAUGGAGGCCCUGCGCGAGAACCAGGAGCUGACCGACGUGACGCUCAGGGUGCAGGGACACGACUUCCCCUGCCACAGGGCCGUCCUCGCCGCUGCCAGCGAGUACUUCAGGGCCAUGUUCUGCAGCGGCCUGAAGGAGAGCCGCGAGGAGUGCGUGGAGAUGAAGGGGCUCGACAGCGGGACCAUGCGCGCGCUCCUGGAGUACACCUACACCAGCCGGGCCCUGCUCACGCACGCCAACGUCCAGAGGGUCCUGGAGGCCGCCAGCCAGUUUCAGUUCCUGCGCGUGGUGGACGCCUGCGCUGGCUUUCUCAACAAGUCUCUGCACCUGGAGAACUGCGUUGGGAUCCUGAAUUUGGCUGAAAGUCACGCCCUGUCGGCCCUGAAGACCAGGGCCCAGGACUUCAUCACCUCCGAGUUCUCCAAGGUGGCCCAGCAGCAGGACUUCCUGGAGCUGCCGGCCGGGUCGCUGGAGGCCGUCCUGGAGAGGGACGACCUCGACGUGAAGUGCGAGGAGUGCGUUUUCGAGGCGCUCAUGCGCUGGGUCCGAGCCCGGCAGGACCAGCGCCAGCCUUUACUGGCCCGGUUGCUGUCGCACGUGCGGCUGCCGCUGCUGGAGCCGGCGUACUUUGUGGAAAAAGUGGAGGCGGACGACCUGAUUCGCUGCAGCAGUGAGGUUUAUCCUCUGCUGCAGGAGGCGCGAACCUUUCACCUCUCGGGGAGAGAGGUCGUCUCUGAACGAACCAAACCCCGAGUGCAGCACUUCCUGUCCGAGGUGUUUCUGAUCAUCGGCGGCUGCACCAAAGACGAGCGCUUCAUUUCCACGGUGACGUGUUUGGACCCCCUGAGACGCAGCAGACUGGAGGUGGCCCGGCUGCCAAUCACAGAGCUGGAGGACGAGUCCCAGAACAGAAAAUGGGUGGAGUUUGCUUGUGUCACCUUCCGCAAUGAGCUGUACAUAUCUGGGGGUAAAGAGACGCAACAUGAGGUCUGGAAAUACAACGGCGCCGUGGACAAGUGGAUCCAAAUCGAGCCCAUGGCCACCGGGCGCUGGCGGCACAAAAUGGCCGUUCACGGGGGGAAGGUGUACGCCCUCGGUGGAUUCGACGGAGUUCAGAGACUCUCUAGCGUGGAGGCGUACGACCCCUUUCACAACCGCUGGACACAGGUCACGCCUCUUGCGGUCGGCGUUAGCUCCUUUGCUGCUGCCAGUUUUGACAGAUGGAUUUAUGUGAUCGGCGGAGGGCCCAAUGGAAAGCUGGCCACGGACAAGGUUCAGUGCUGGGUACCUGAGGCCGACUGCUGGGAACUGCGGGCUCCUAUUCCAGCAGAAACCAAAUGCACAAACGCUGUCACGUUCAAGAACUCCAUCUAUGUAGUUGGGGGCGCCAUGCAUGCCAUGUACUGCUACUCGCCUCUCUCGGACUCCUGGGCCCUCGUGACCCGUCUGGGGGAGAGGGCGAGCUGUGCCAUCGCUGCCUGUAACAACAAACUAUUUAUCACCGGGGGGCGAGAUAACAAGAACCAGGUCAUCUCCACGGUGAUGUGCUGGGACAUAGACCGGGGGGUUCUGACCGAGGAGUGUGUUCUGCCUAUGGGAGUGUCGCACCACGGCAGCGUGACCCUCAUGAAGUCCUACACACACAUACACAGGAUCACACCGGCCUCAGAGGUCCAAUGACACGGACUGUGGUGGAGAGGACUCGAACGGGAAAUGGACAGUUAUGUGUGGGACACGUCACAAUAUGUGACCACAACACAUUUUAUCUUAAAAACGUUAUUCUUAUUUGGUGCUUCUUCUUUUAUGUCCUAAAUUGUUCUAAAGAGUCACACUUAAGAUUACGUUUCAAAGGAAAUAAAUUCAGUGAAGGCUGCACUAAUAAAGUUUUUGUAUGUCAUGCCAAACCAGGAAGUCAUGAUACUCAAAAAACAAAAAGUUUGUUUCUUGUCCUAUUAGCUAAAACCUCUAGGGAUGUUCUGUGUAAACAUAAACUAAGCUAAUCUUAAUUCAAGUAAAAUACAUGUUGUAGCAUGUUUUAUUUGAUCUACUGAAAGUAUUCAGAGGUUAUUAUCGUGUCGGAGUUAGAUAAGUUGUUAUAAUUAAUGAGGGUCACUUAUUGUGAAAACCACAUCCGGAACUCAGGUGAAUGAAACACGCUUUCUUUGUUUGUGUGUGACUUUACGUUCACUUUCACUUUGUGGUGCGUCUCUAAUGUUCCUGCGCGAGGCAUUUGCUUUGAAAAAUGCUAGAAAUAAUGAAAACUAACAACUUGGAAUUAUAGGAAGGACAUUUUGUUGCUUUAACUUUAGCCCUGGAGUGAAAGUUCAGCCUCAGCUGCACCUGCGAGUCAGAAAUGACUCGUCUGUAUUUCGUCCUCUGUAUCGUUUGCAGCUGCUCAGUUUCUGGGCAGUCUCUUACAUACGGUCUCAUCGGACUGAAGGUCACUUUGCAGCCAGACGUCACUGGGACUAAACAGCCGGAUAAAAUUCUGUGGAUUUAUAAAGGCAACAAAGUGGUGGAGUUUGACGGAAGGAAGCAGCAGGAGUUCGGUCUGUUUGAAAACCGGGUCACCCUUGACUGGAUUUCUGCAGAACUGAGUAUCACAGGCCUCACACUGAACGACAGUGGAGAAUAUUAUAUGGAAGUUUACACAGACAAAGAGUUGAAACGGCAAAAAAUUGUAUUUGGAGGUUUUUGUGUUUGAGUUACUCUGCCGUCUUUUCAUUGCAAUAUCAUUCAUUCACAUUCAACAUGUGAGAGGAGCAAUGAAAGCAGCUCUACAGAUGGAGAGGAGGCAACGUUGACCUGCUCGGUGGAGUACAGACAACCUCAGAACUUAACGUAUGAAUGGAUCUACCAUGGCCCUGGUCAAAGGUUGACAGUACCACUAAGCAAUAAAAGUACAGAAUAUACCUGUAUGGUGAGAAACCGUCUGAGCAAUGCAACAGCCACAGUCACUGCCAAAACCUGCUACCCUGAUGAAGGUGUCUCUACACUGAUCAUGGGCCCAAUUGGUGCAAACGUUGUAGCACUAUCAGUAGCAGCAAUAGCAGUCGUUGUAGGCAUCAUAUGCUACAAAAUAUAUAAAGCCUGUUUCACAGGAGGUGUGGAAAACACAUCAGCUGAAAUAUAUGUUUUGAAGAAUGGAACAGCACAAAACAAAGAAGAAAGAAGUCCUAUGUACAGGACACCUCCUGUUCCAGGAGUUGUUCCUCCUCCUGAGGAGCAAUUCGAGCUCCUGAGCAACAAUAAUACGACUAGUGACCUUGAGAGAAGAGACACAGAGUUAUGUGAACCUGAGCUUCAAUUAAAGGUUAGACCACAAAACAUUACAGACAUUAGUUGUGUGUAGUUUAAAGGGAGCUACAAAUUAAUGAUGACAGCUUUUUAUCAUUUAGUAUUUUUCAGGGUUUGUGAGAAAUCAGUGUUAAGGAGCCUAAGAAAUCUCAUAUUUUGUGUAGUUACUAUUAUAUUCACAGAGUUUUUAAUAAUCUAAGUAAAUACAAAUCAUUGCUUACUUGAUUUGGGGGAUUUGAGGGUUUUCAGCUCUGAAUAUGUGUUAUGUUCUACAUUACGUUAUAUUUAUUACUACCACAAAACAAGAGUACUUAUUGUCAUCUAUAAUAAUAUUACAUUUUGGACAUUGCCUGCUAGUUUAUUUUAUUUACAUCUAUAAUUAAUUUACUAAGCACAGAAUAUUAUUAUUAUUUGUAACAUGGUAAAUUGCAAUGUCUAUGCUGACAUGUUUAAUUCAAUUUCAUUUACAUAGCGCCAAAUCACAACAAAGUUAUCUCAAGGCACUUUACAAGGUAAAGUUUAAGACAGGGGUGCUCACACCUUUUCAGCAUGCGAGCUACAGUACGUAUAAAAUGAUCAAGUCAAAAUGUACGUUGCAUAACCACAUUUGCUGCACAACGCAACAUAAUUAACUAUGUACAUAUUUUUGCCGUUACCCAAGUUCACUCUGAUGAAUUGCACUAAAUUGAAUCAAUCAGGGAUGCAUAGUCUGGACAGUAGCUGCUGACAGCCAACAUCAGGCACAUUUCCAAAUGUUCAUCAGUCAUAGUGGAGCAGUAUUUGGACUUAAGUAUCUUCAUGUCAAGUUCUAUUUUCUGUGGGAAUUCGGUGUUGUAUGUUCUAUGAACAGUUCGCAAAAGGCUGCUCCACAUUUCCGUUCUUUGGUGUUGCGAUGGUAGACUGGCAUAUGAGGCAAACACAGUUUGAAAAUGUCAUUGUGAAAUUAUGAUUGAUUGUGAAAGGUGAAUCAACGUUGAAGGGGCAACAUUGAUUCAACAUUGGUCAAGUGUUGAUCAAACGUUUCACUGUUACAUCAAUUUCACAAAAACAACUGACAAUAUUUCAACAUUAAUUUAAAAGUAUUUUGUUAACCUUUUUACAACCAUCAGUAUUUUUAGAAUAACAUUGUUUCAUCAAUGUCACAACAAUAACUGAAGAUGUUGUUGAUUUGGUGACCCUCAUGGUGCUGUGACGUGUUCAGGUGUUACAAACCAAACUGGCAAAGACCAUUUGCUCUUCCUGCUCUGAGGUAUCUGGGGAUGUAUAGUGUAUAGAACACAAAUAUUCUCACCAAUAGGGCUCAGAACUAAAGUAGUUAGCUGUAAAGGUUAGCCAGUGUACAGCGUUAGACUACUGCAUGUCAUCACAAUAUACUGUAUAAAUGAGUUUUUUGAAUUGUCUUUUAUAACCUGUAUUGGACCAACGUUACAAAUUCUGAUUUUAAAUAAAGAAAAGAAUACAUUUGCA